UGCAGCCUUCAAAGGACGCGUUCUACCUAGCACGCAGCCUUCGAAACGAGACACAGCCAAAUUUUAGCUACUCAGAAGAUAUGGGGACGGCAGCUGAUGAUAUCAGACAACUAUUAAAAGACUGUGAGCUGUUUGUAUUUGAGAUACUUCAGGAUGAGAAUCUCAGUGAAGCUGCUCUGGAAUCAAGAGAAAUUCUCAUACGAAAUUUCCGUGUGAUCCAAAAGAGGCAUCCACAUGAAUUUCCCCACAGAUUUGAAUCCAGUCUUGAGGAUAGUUCAGAUGACAACCAGAGCUCCAGUGUGGGACGCUCUGCCCCCUCAGAUGACAUGUCAGUGGCCUCUGACUACCAGGAGGAAAGUGCCCAAGAGCUUUUUGAAGAGAUCCCUAUGGUGGCUGCACAGGACCUGAGUAACAUUCUAAAGCAAGGUUACCUGGAGAAGAAAAGACGGGAUCAUAGUUUCUUCAGCAUGGAAUGGCAAAAGCGAUGGUGCGUUCUGAACAACACCAUAUUUUAUUAUUUUGGGAGUGAGAAAGAUAAGCAGCAGAAGGGCUCAUUUUAUAUCAAUGGCUACAGUGCAGAGCUGGUGCCCAGCUUACGUAAAGACUCCAAGAAGAAUUCAUGCUUUGAAAUGAGUGCUCCUGGAAGACGUUCUUACCAGUUUACCGCCAGCAGUCCCCGUGAGGCCAGGGAAUGGGUGGACCAGAUCAAUUUUGUUCUAAAGGAUCUGAGCUCUAACUUAAUCCCCUUUGAUGAUGAAGAGGAAGAGGAUGUUGAAGAAGAGGAAGAAACAUAUGAUGACAUUGAACGAGCAACCACUCCACCACCACUACGUCCUGGGCCAGCGCCUGCACCUAUUCCAACACCAAGUCUGACACAAACCCCCCAAAGCACCCGUGAGGAAUGGAAGGAACAAGCAGGGACUCAAGAAAAAGGAGAAGAAGAAGAAGAGGAGGAGGAUGAGGAGGACAUUUAUGAGGUGCUUCCAGAUGAUGAAAACUCUGACAAUGAUGAAGAGGGCAGUGAAAAUGCCGGGUCUUCAGAUUACGCAAAUUAUUACCAGUGCUUGUGGGACUGUGAAGCAGAUGGACCAGAUGAGCUGGCCUUCCAAAGAGGAGACAUCGUCUACAUCCUCAGCAAGGAAUAUAACAUCCAUGGAUGGUGGGUUGGGGAGCUGGAUGGUUCUAUUGGCAUUGUCCCAAAGGAAUUUUUACAUCCUGCCUAUAUUCUAUAAGGUCUGCUUUUUACUGAAGAUAUACGGAAUCAGUUCUUUGCCAGCUGAUCUAAUGUUUGUCAUUCAUUGGAGAAACAAUUGUAAAUUGCAUUUUAGUACAUUUUUAGAAACAGCUUACCUAAAAAAAAACUACCCAUCUAUGACCAAAUCAUUUCCUUCCUUGACAUUGUUUGUUUUAUAUAGGUCUAUAUUAUUUUAUAUAUUUUGUAUAACGUACACUAAGAGGAUUAUAUAAAAGUGAUAUCGGUUGUCUAUGCUCAUUCUUUUGAAUUUUUUUUAAAAAACAUUAGCCAAUUUGCAGCAUAAUUUGGGCACAUGAAAAACAUUUGAAAUACAAGUAUUUUGAUGUUUCUCUCAUACUCUUAAUAAUCUAGUGUCUUGGUAAUUUGGUAAAAGUAGGGUACAAUGGGGCUAAAGGCACACCUUAAGGAAUUUGUUUGUUUUUUUCUGGUCAAAAAGUGCCUCAAGAUUGAAGAAAUGCAUUUGUUUUUAUAGAAUAUUGAUGGAGCAACAUCAUUUUUGUGAAAAAUAAAUAACACAAGGCUGUUUUGAGUAAAAUGCAUUUUUACCCAACAC